AGGAAGCCCGGAAGGGUCAAAAGAAAUACAAAAGCAAAGGCUAUUUUCUGUUUUCUUCUUUUUUUUUUUAAAGAGCGAUUGGCUUUUGCAGUGGAGGUUUAGGGUGGGCGCCGCUGAGGUGAGAGUCUCGCCUCCCGCCUGCGGGUAGACCAGUUGUUCCAUUAUGGAUGGAGGGGAUGAUGGUAACCUUGUUAUCAAAAAGAAGUUUGUGUCUGAGGCAGAACUAGAUGAACGGCGUAAAAGGAGGCAAGAAGAAUGGGAGAAAGUUCGAAAACCUGAGGAUCCAAAAGAAUGUCCAGAGGAGGUUUAUGACCCUCGGUCUCUAUAUGAAAGGCUACAGGAACAGAAAGACAGGAAGCAGCAGGAGUAUGAAGAGCAGUUCAAAUUCAAAAACAUGGUAAGAGGCUUAGAUGAAGAUGAAACCAACUUCCUUGAUGAGGUUUCUCGGCAGCAGGAGCUAAUAGAAAAGCAACGAAGAGAAGAAGAACUGAAAGAACUGAAGGAAUACAGAAUAUCCUUUGUAGUUUGGGAGAAAUUUGUGAAGUUGUACUCAGAGGCCCCAUCCUGUAUGUCUCUUGGAAGCACUUCCCUGAGUGGCCCCUCCAUCCACUGUCCCUCUGCUGCAGUCUGUAUUGGCAUCCUCCCAGGCUUGGGCGCCUACUCUGGGAGCAGCGACUCGGAGUCCAGCUCAGACAGUGAAGGCACCAUCAACGCCACAGGGAAGAUCGUCUCCUCCAUCUUCCGAACCAACACCUUCCUCGAGGCCCCCUAGCUCCUCUGUCCUGACCACAUGGGACUCCUCCCCAAGAGUAGAUUGGACGGUUUAUUCUGCCUACAGGCAUUACCUCCCUCAAAAAAACUCCUUUGCCUGCUUCCUGUUCAUACCAUGACAUCUCUAACCUAAUCUGAAAAUGUAAUGGUAUCCACUUGUGGCCCAGAUUUGUGUUUGGUUUCUCUUACCACUCCAGUGCAGAUGGCUAAACCUGUCCCGCUACCUCUUCCCUCACUGAUGUGGCAGGGUGAGGGCAGGGCACAGCAGAAACCCCACUAAAAAUGCCCUGGAAUCGGAGGCACCAGCUAGCUUGCUGAGGGUUUGAGUUUUAUUGCUUUCUUGUUUUUUUUCUUUUCCCAGUAGCACAAAAAGGCAAGGAAAAUUACUGGGCAGGUAUUAUUUAAACAUUCUAUUACAGAUGAACAUGUCGUUUGGUUACACUGGCAUUGUGGAGCAUGCGGGGGACAAGAACUGACCCAAGUGAUAAAAUGGAGCACUCCCCAGGAACUAACCAAUUCUUGAUGUUGUGUGACUACCGUAUUAUGCAAAUAACGCAUACCUUCUACGUUUGUUCACCAACUGUCCCCUCCUCCCUGGGAAGUAUUUUCAUAAGCACCGCUAUGUCAAUGGUCUUUUUUAUGUUGCUGGGGGGGAAAAAAUUAGCACAGUGGGAGGAGGAUGUGGUUGGCAAACAAGCGUAGAAGGUUAUGAAGGUUAUUUGCGUAAAGCUGAUGAACUACAUCUGCAGGGGGUGCCACUUUAAUGUUCAUCCAUUAUUGUGACAUUUUUCCUCACUCUCAGCCAUCCCUUCUCCUCUUCCCUCCCUCUACUCGCAUUGAUGUGGGCUGAUAGAGAAAGGACACGUAACAAGACAACUUCCAUCUCUACUCAGACCUUUUCUCCACCUUGUAAAUUUUUUUUUUUUUUUAAAUAAAAGAUUUAGUUUAAGACUCUAAACUUUAGAAAAAAAAAAUAGGCCUUAUUUAAUCAUGGCCAGAAGUCAGAACUGCUGGUGAAUAUGUUGACAAGAUGACUUAUUUAUGGCAGCUCUUGGAAUCCUAAUAUUGCAAAUCAGUGGGAAACACUUGCAUAUUCUGAGUGUACUCUACUCCGUACUCUGUCCAGGCCCUUCUCUGUUUGGUACAUAUUAUAGUUGGAGCUUUUCACUAUGGACGAACCUAUUUCUAGCCUAAAGGUGCUGUCCUAGUCCUUUUCACUGCUCUUAUCUGCUGCCCUACUGCUCUGUUCCCUUCCUACACAGGGUAGCUCUGAGGCUGUGAGCAGCGAGACCUAGAGGUACUGCUCCACCUCCUUGUCUAGUCCUACAGGGAUGCAGGGGCUCAUCCUCUGAUUGUAAGGGAGGAGAGAGAGAGGGCAUGGAGGCCUCAAGGACGGACGUAGGCAUAGACUUAAAAACAAAUCUGUAGACUCCCCCUUCUUCAGGAAAAUGAAACUGUACCAUUCUUUUCUUUCCCUGGUUUCUACAUCAAUUGUUUCUACUUCCUUGGGUGUGAGACUGAGAGAGACACACACAGAAUGUGUGGACACUGUGAUGCUGGCAGGCAGAGAAGCUGCUCAGUUUUAACACGGGCAUAGAGGCCCCUGGAUCUCAUCUAACCUAUUCCUUUUCCCCUUCCAAUGCAGUAACACUCUGGUGCCCGUUUGCAGAUGGUGACUUCCCUUCACCCAUUAAGUGAUGCCUUGUGAAUUCUUCUUCCUUUUCAGAACUACUCUGUGCUAAUUGUUCCUGACUGUCAGUACAGGCGUGUCAUCUCCAUCCCAACAAACAAGAUGUUUAGGUAAAACUGUGUAGGCACCUUCUGCUGCUCUGCCUCAUUGUUCCUGUGAUUGUGCUGUCAUUAUUACAGCAUGUACCAAAGCAACCUCAGAUCAUUUCAGGAGGCCGGCCAAGUAAUCAAAGUCACCAUCUUUAUGUGGUUUGACUUUUAAGAGGCCAUCACUAUACCUCCUGGCCACCGUUGAUGCUGGAAGAAUUUGACAAAGGGCUGCAGGGAUUAAAAACAUACGUUAACUUGAAAGCUAGUAAACCUGUCAGAGAACAAGGUCUUGUUUUUCCUAUACUGAAUCUUGUGCUUCCAACUCUCUCUCCAUCUUCUAAAGCAUCUAGAUUGUGUUGAGAAGGUUGAGACUCUUCAGGCUGAGCUUUCUGUUCUUGGUGUCUUGGGAGAGAUUGAAAAUCACUGGUAAUUAUUUCAUAGUAUACUAUUGUAUCCAUUAAUGUAGAGCCCUCGAAUGGAACAGUUUCUGUAGAAACCAUUAAUAGCAAAGCAGGAUCUGCUCUGACCAAGAGAUGAAGCAGCCUUGGAAAGUAUCCAAUGUAGACCUGGUGGUUCAAAUCCAAAGAAGAGAAGAACAAGGAUAGAAGGAAACACUACCUUAAACCAUAAAAUAUAGCACUCCUACCUUAAUACACAAUUAGGAUUUUAUAACUAGGUAAUAAAGGAUAAAAACAAAGUCUGGGAUGGGUUUCUUUAAACCUGCUUAUGUUAUCCUGAGUGGUAGUAUUCUUACAACGCUUGAACCAUGCUAGAGAGAGCUAGUGUGUAAAGAGUCCUAUUGCCAGCUCUGCUGCGGUGAAGUAUCCAGCUUGCGUCACCUAUGAUUUCAAGCUGCUUCCUGCUAGCCAUCUCCCUUUGGCCCUGUCAUCUGCUGGGGUGAGGAGAAAGGGAGCAUGACGUUCAAAGCAUUCAUUCUUCCAUCUAUUAAAAUCAGAGAGGCUGAUGUGACCGGACCCAAGGAGGUGACUAGUUUCCUGUUUAUGUGUGCCUUUCCUGGACUCCAGGUCCCAGAAGGAAAGGAAGCUGGCUCCUCUAGUUCAGGGAAUGGGGAACUUCAGCUAUUUUUCUGGAAUAUUCUAAACUGAGAGGAGCCCUUAAGUAGGUACUCCUUGGCUAGUCCCUUUUGUCCUCAUUUCUUUGACUCUCCAGCUCUUAAGAAUUUCUUGCUACCUUCUUUCCACCCAAGAGAGAAGCUUUAUUUCUCAAGACCUUCCCACUGCUUUGGCUUCUCCUCCCCGGGAACUCAGCCCAGUUCCACCUUCCAUGGAUCUGCCAUAGUGGUUAUGAGCUUGGAGCCAGACAUUUACUAGCUGUAUCACUUGAGCAAGGUCCUUAACCUCUCUGGGCCUCAGUUUCUUCCUCAGAAAAUAGGAAUAACAAUACCAGCUUCCUAGUGAGGUAAAAAAUAAUCUAGAUUAUUGGUGCUUGGCGUGGUAUGUGCCAGUAAAUGGUAGCCAUGCUCAUUAGUAAGCAUCAGGCCUCACUGUUUCUCGGUAGGGUGUCCAGAGCUGCCGUUAGUGGUGGCUUAUGAAAUCCUACUGGUAUUCCUCAGUUGCAGCUCAAACAGUGACAUGAUGAAGGGUCAGAUUUGGUCGUCAAAGCUCCAACCACCAGCUUCUGCUGUAUGCUUCCUGCUUAGCUAAAUGUUAAUUGGUUAGGCACACCCGGUUCCUUGGCUCGGGUGUCCUAACCGUGGGUAUGCAGCUCAGCUGUUGUCUUAAGCCCCUCCAGAAAAACAAGGAGAGCUCAGUGGCAAUGCACAAUAAUUUGGACUUCAUCUCCUGGCGUGCCCAGCCCACUUACGCAUAACAUCAUGGAAUGCAAGUUCUGCUCAGUGGGAGGCUAGAAUCUUGGCAACACUUGUGUAGUCACAGGUUAAACACAAGAAGCCAGUUGCACAUUCAUAACUUAGUGACUGGCAUUCUGUUCCCUUACCUGCUGGAGCACUGGUUAGGGACAGAGGGAGGUUUGAUUCACAGCAACAACGGGCAGACUGACUUCAGCAUCGGAGCUUUGCAGACGAGAGAGGGAGAAAAACCCAGAGAGACAACCCUCGUCCCUGAGCUUUACUCCUUGCAUCAAUUUGUUUCCUUCAUUCAGUAUAUACAGAGGGCCUGCUAUGGAAGUGCCAGGCACUGUUGGGGCCAUUUGCUGAGUAUUAGUUUGGGCUUUUGUUUAUUUCCUUCUGAAAGAAGUCCUGGGAAGCAGCUCUUCUCUUCAUUUCAUAGAGGAAACUAAAAUUCAUAGUGAUUCAGUGACUUGCCAGAGGUUGCACAACCAGGUGACAGAACCAGAAUUUGCAUUUGAGCCUUUAACGCUACUGGCUUUCUGUGGUGUCCAUGAAACUCUUAAACAAAUACCAGCGCCAGAGGCCACAGUGGCGGGAUUCAAGGGUGAAGGAAUCUUUCUAGUCAGAUUUCCCAGUUCACUUUUCAGCCUCCCAUCCAUCUGCAAGAACAAAGUGGCAGCACCAAACAUAUCCCAGAUGUGGACUUUUGUUUUUCAAGUGGUAGAUUUGGCCUUGCUGGGACUUUAGGGGGUUGCCAAUCUCUUACCUCUGUACCCUUCUGAACUUUUAACAGAUGUGAACAGGCAUAAAGAAAGAUGGCCAAAUAUCAGCUUUAUUUCUCAGAGUAGAGAGCUCCCUAGUAAAGCUGAAUUGGUCCUGAGGCACACACUCCUUUCCCCUGUGAAUUGAAGCCAGCAGGGAGUAAAGGGCCUACGACUGGCCCACUCAGUCUCAGGCAGAGGAGGAGGGACAGAGAGAACAGAGAUGGCUAGGUCUGUUCACCAUGUGAAGCCUGGAAUUGGGGGCCAAGGCCACCACACCUGAAGUAGGUUGUCCACAAGAGUACAAACAUUUGGGAUGGACCCCUGAUGCAAAGUAGGGACCCUGCCUUAACAUAGCCCGGUAGAUGUCAGUAUCCCCAGUUUCAUCAAUCUGGAAAGUUUACUCCCAUAGGCAGAGGUGGAGAGAGGUCUGCAUGAGAAGUGGUUACCUUGAUUUUCCUUUUAGUCCCUUGAGGGCUAAGGAGGGAAUGUGGGGCUGGGAGAAGGCUCCUCCUUUAUUUAGGGGCCUCUAGGAGCCCUGGUAGUGCAGUGGUUAGGAGCUCGGCUGCUAACCAAA